UUUUAGAAAACAUGGCCGACAAAAAUGUCACCAUCGACGAUCGAAUUCGAAAGUAAAAAUUUGAUCACUCUGAGUUAAAUUUGAUUAGAAUUUUACAUGUCAGUGAUGUGAAACAGCGCUGUUGACAUGGAUCAGAUCCACAAGGACGCCCUGCGCCGCACACGUGUGGCGCUUGUUAAAGAUUUGGACGUGAACAACGUUUGUGAUGAGCUUUUGAGCCAGGACAUUUUCACUCAGCUUAUGAUGGAAUAUAUCAUGUCGGAACGUACACGCAUUGACAAAGUUCGCCGCCUCUUAGACGAUUUGGUAAGAAGAGGGCCUGACGCUUACCUUAAGUUUCUUGAUGUUUUAAAAAAAUCAGGAUACCCAUUCCUAGCUGAUCAAAUUGUUAAAAAUGAGGAAAUUCUUCGAAGAGAGAAAGAACCUUUUUCAUCUAUACCAAUUCAAGCAACCAAUCAGACACGAGAAGAAAUCCACCCAGCCUCAAGACCACGGUCAAGGAAUAUCACAGCAACGCAAUCUUCCUUUGUUGGGAGUCAAAAUUCAAAUUCAAAUUCCUCAUCUAUGGAAUCAUUAGGUUCCAGCUCAAUGAUAUACAGCGGACCUUCGACGUCCUCUCUUCCCAUGUCUAGAUCAGAGCCUUCUCGUCUCAACCCUCAGCCCAGAGGUUUGGCUGUUGGUGAAAUGGAAUAUGGAGCUGUAGAAUCUAGUGAGGAUGACACACUGGAUUUAACUGGAACCCAAUUAAAUCCAUCCAGCAUGGAUGUUGAUGAAAACGAUUCCAACAUUGGUAGUACAUGUAUUGACGAAGAGGCUUUGUUAAGAGAGUCCUCAACAUAUCCUGUUCAGCCCUCAGAAGAUGGAAAUCGUCCGUAUAGUUUGGAUCCAGCAACAAUGACAUCAAGAUACAGCUCACAAAGUAUCGAAAAGCGCUACACAAUGGAUUCAAAACCAAGAGGGGCUGUUUUUAUUAUAAACAACAAACAAUUUAUGAAUGAUCACCAUGAGCGAUCUGGGACAGAGCAAGACUGCAUGAAAUUAAAGCUUCUUUUUGAGAAACUUGGCUUCGUGGUGUGUGUGAAAGAAGAUUUGAAAAGACAUGAAAUAUUGACAGAGUGUCAGGCUUUUGCAAGACAACCAAUCUUAGCCAAUGUUGACUCUAUGGUGCUGGCAGUGCUUUCACAUGGCACAGCAGACAACAUGAUAAGUGGAACUGAUGGAGGAGGGAUUCAUGUGAUUAACGAGAUUUGUCCCAUUUUUUCGGCAAAGAAUUGUCCCUCUUUGUCUUGUAAACCAAAGAUGUAUAUCUUCAAUGCUUGUAGAGGAAAGAAAAAUGGCCAUUCAAUCCCAAAUCUUUCCCUGAGUAUAGAAAUUCAACGAGAUGAACUUCAAAAGGAUGGACCUUAUGGAGCCGAAGAAUCCCAAGUUUUGGAUACACAGGACAUUCUUCUGUGUUAUUCUACUUUUCCAGGAUACACAUCCUACAGGGAUACAGAGAAAGGCAGUUGGUUCAUUCAGGAGUUUGUAGAAGUAUUUCAGGAACAGGCUGAUGAAGAACAUGUAUUGGAUAUGUUGACUGAAAUAAACAACAGAGUUGGCCAGAGGAAGCAUAAGGAUGAUUCAUCAGAGGCCACAUGUGUGCAAAUGCCAUUUCCUGCAUCCUCCUUGACAAAGAAAUGGUUCUUGAAUCCUCCUCCAGUCUAGAACAUCAACUGAGCAAUCUAUGUUACUUAAAGGAUCUCCGACACCCCAUUACUUCUACUUUUUAUGAUAGUUUGUUACAACAUGGCAAUUUUAAUGCAUUGUGAAUCAGUUUAUAUUGCCACAAUUUAUAGUGCCUAUCUCUGUGGCACAAUGGGUGUACCUUCAGUCUACCAUUGCCCGCAGAUCCCGAGUUCGAAUACUGCAGGGACUUCUAUUUUUAAGAAGAGUGGUAAAAUCUAAAAAGUUGAUGUUUUCCCCGAAAAUUGAUUUUUCAAAUUUCAUUUUUAAGUCAAACACAUGCUAAAAAUCCAUAUCUUUAAGUAAUUAAGAAGAAUGGACUAUAAAGCUUGUAUGCAGAACUUUUCCAGGUGUGUGGAGGACACUUAAGGUGGUAUGGGACAUCUAUUAAUAUUAAUAUAGAUUAAAGUACAUUAUAAAUGAAAUACUUUCACCAGUUUAAAAUUUUUAAAUGUUUAACCUAAAAAAUAUGUUUUAAAUCUUUUGAAAAAAUAAAAAUUUCAAAAUUCCCAGCUGGAUUCAAACUCAAGAUUAACAGUUCCAUAUAUAGUACGUGAUUCCUCUAACCCUCUGCGACACCUUGUAAGGCAACACAUUUGGGAAAGAAACAUUUAUAAAAAUUUCUCUUGAUUUUAUUGUUUAUUUUAUUGUAUAAAUAAUAUGUCACAACAUGGAGGCGUCCCAUACCACCUUAAUACAUGUAACACAACUCAUCAUAUACAUGUAUAUAUACAUCUGUGAAUUCUAGGCAAAAGAUUCCUUUAGUUGUUCCUCCCAUGAUUUGAUACGGAAAAAUUCAUAGAUAACAUGCAAAUAUGUGAAUUGAAUUUCAUGUACAAAUACAAUGCAUGUUUUUUGAAUUUUUUUAGUGAAAUAAAGCAAAACAAUAGACUUUUAAAGUAAAAUAAAAGAAAAUAAUAGUAUUAUUAGAAUUUUUACUCUAAUAAAACAUGCUUUUUUCACAUGAAAUCUACGCAAGGCUUUGGUAUAUAUACGAUGCAUGUACACAUACAAGUAGCUAAAUGAUAACCCGAGUUAUUGUUUGAUUUAAAAGUUAAUAUUUUUUUAAACAUUUCAAUAGAAUUGAAUAUACAAAUUUGGCAAUAAUGAAAUAUAGCCAUUUGUUGAAAGACUGUGUUUUGGUACUUGUAAUACAUGACAUUCAUGUAUUGCAUACCGGUGCAUUAUUAAUUUAUGUAUUGAUAUGAUGGAUUCUUUCGUUAUAUGUAGUACAUUUUACAAUCAGAGAUAAUGACCUGAUCAUGUUUGCCAUUCCAAGCACAGCUGCUGCUUUUUAAUGUUUUUUUUAUUUCAUUAAUUAUUGUCUCUUAAAAUGUGCAGAUCUAGAAAGGGGCCACGGGUCUAAAUACCUUCUGGAAAAAAUUCAAGCUUUUUCAAUUUACAUAGUAAAAUUACGGUACCAAAAAAUAAUACCUCGGACCACCCUACCUUGUUAAAAUUCUCUGGAUCUGCAGAUGCUUACCAUGUGUUUUCUGAGAUAUAACAGUCAUGCAUCUGUUUAUCAUAGUUAUGUACAUAAAAUACUGCAAAAUAUGAUGAUGUGGCAUAUAUUUUUGACAUUUUAAGGCAGUACUGUGCAUGCUUUUAAUACGCUUUGCUGUACAUGUAACAGAAUUGUUUUACCUCUCAUUCCACACAAAGGUUAUUCCAUGCAUUCACAUGUACAAGUUUAGAAGACAGAUUUUAACCAAUUCUUAAGUACCUUGUACAAUGAAUAUACAGUGUAUCAUUGUACUGGAUUAUGAUUUUAUUCUUUUAUGUCAAUAUGUUAGUUGUAAAAUUAUUUACAGAUAUUUGAUAUUAUAUGGUAGUACACUGAAUGCAGGAUAACGUAUAUAAAUGGACAAUAUUUGUUGUCAUAUAAAAGUAAAAUUAUUGAUCAUGGGGAAAAGCUGAUAGCAACUUUAGAAGCUAUAUGAAGCUUCCUCUAUGAUCUAUGUACCGGUACCAUAUCAUAAACACAUGUAAAAUCCAUUACAUAUGCAUAUUGCUUUUCAGAUUUUGCUUCGCUAUUGGAAUCAUUCAUUUCUUAUUUAUAUACAUGUAUAUAUAUAUUUGUGAGAUAUCGAUAGGAGAUCUGGUUAUCCAUUGGUUAUGUGUUAGCUAAUAUAGGUAAUACAUUUCAUUCUAAUUCUUGUAUACACAUAUGCUUGUACUUUACAAUCAUUGAUCAGAGAGACUGUGCACGUAAUUACUGCAUAUAAGCUUUGCUCAUUCUAUAAUUUAUUCUGGUUGUUUGUAAGAUUGAGUGAGUUGGUAUAACCACAGUGGUGGGUUCAUUUUUUUUUCUUGAUGGUUUGAAAAACCAAGUCUCAAUUUCCACAUGUACAUUAUAUAACAAAAUGAAACAAAGGAAGAACCAAGACCCACCUCUGUAAUGUACACUGCAUUUAUGAAAAUUUCAUGUUUUUUCUAUCAUCGAAAAAUCAUGUCAUAAAAAUUGGUUGAAACUGCUAUUUGAAUAUUACAUGCAUUAUGAUUAAAAUUAUACUGUUAUAUUGUGUCAUUAUGUUUCCUAGAAAAAAAACACCUCUUUAAUCUAGCACAUGAUGUUGCUGGUAAAAGCAAAUAAAGUUAUCAUGCAAAAAUA